AUGAACGAGAGCUGCUCUGCUGCUCCCCCUCCUUCUCCCACCUCCUCUCUCCAAGCUCGGCCCCUCUCCCUUGCUCCAGCUGGAGCCACAGGUUUAUCUGGAGGCGAGGAGCCUCUGCUCUGUAAGCUGAGAGCCGCGAGGAGGAGGAGGGAUCUGCUGGACCCUGGAGGAGAAAGGGUUUGGCUGCCUGGAGGAAAGGGAGAGAAGCAGAGCCUGGGCACCAUGGCUGGAAUCUCUGCUCUUGGGCUCCUCUCCCUGUGUCAGCUCUUGGCCACAGCAUCAGCUCAGUCCCUUCCAAGAAUUGGACCACAAGGGCCUCCUGGACCAGCAGGACCCCCUGGACCAUCUGGCAAGGACGGCAUUGACGGAGAGCCAGGCCCUCCUGGUUUGCCAGGCCCACCAGGGCCAAAAGGUGCACCAGGGAAGCCUGGAGCUGCAGGUGAAGCUGGAUUGCCUGGCCUUCCUGGAGUGGAUGGUUUAACAGGAACUGAUGGCCCACCUGGCCCAAAUGGGCCUCCAGGAGACCGUGGUGCAUUAGGACCUGCUGGGCCACCUGGACCAGCUGGCAAAGGACUACCAGGACCUCCAGGGCCUCCAGGACCCAGUGGGCUCCCAGGGGGACAAGGAUUUCGGGGCCCUUCUGGACCUUUUGGACUGCCAGGAUUCCCAGGGCCUCCUGGACCACCUGGGCCUCCUGGUCUUCCAGGUGCCCUUCCUGAUGGCGGUGGGGACCUUCAGUGCCCAGCUCUGUGCCCACCAGGUCCCCCAGGCCCCCCAGGAAUGCCAGGAUUCAAGGGACACACUGGUCACAAAGGGGAGCCUGGUGAAGUAGGAAAACAAGGAGAAAAGGGUAACCCUGGCCCUCCCGGCCCUCCAGGGAUUCCCGGCAGUGUUGGCCUGCAGGGCCCAAGAGGACUGAGAGGCCUCCCUGGUCCAAUGGGUCCAGCUGGCGACAGAGGUGACAUUGGAUUCAGGGGCCCACCUGGAAUCCCAGGACCUCCAGGCAAAGCUGGAGACCAAGGGAGCAAAGGACCUCAGGGAUUCCGGGGGCCCAAAGGUGACACUGGUAAACCUGGACCAAAAGGAAACCCAGGGGCUCGUGGGCUCAUAGGAGAACCUGGAAUGCCUGGCAAGGACGGGCGGGACGGAGCCCCUGGACUCGAUGGUGAGAAGGGCGACGCAGCUCCCAUGGGUGCUCCUGGAGAGAAGGGGCCAAAUGGACUUCCUGGUCUGCCUGGAAGAGCAGGUAUUAAAGGCUCAAAGGGUGAACCAGGCAGCCCUGGAGAGAUGGGAGAGGCAGGUCCCUCUGGAGAGCCAGGCAUCCCUGGCGAUGUUGGCAUCCCUGGUGAGAGAGGUCUGCCAGGACCCAGAGGAGCAACUGGACCACUCGGCCUCCAAGGCCCCACAGGAGCCCGAGGUGUCCGAGGCUUCCAGGGGCCCAAAGGUGCCAGUGGAGAGCCUGGCCUUCCUGGCCCGACUGGGAUCCGUGGAGAGACAGGAGACAGGGGUCCUCUCGGUGUUCCUGGCCCCAAGGGGAACCAGGGCAUUGCUGGAGCAGAUGGCCUCCCAGGUGACAAAGGAGAGCUGGGUCCCUUUGGACCUCCUGGCCAAAAAGGAGAGCCAGGAAAAAGAGGAGAACUUGGUCCAAAAGGUGUCCAAGGACCCAACGGGACAGCUGGAGCACCAGGCAUCCCAGGACAUCCAGGACCCAUGGGUCACCAGGGGGAGAGGGGUGUCCCUGGCAUCACAGGAAAACCUGGACCUCCUGGCAAAGAGGCCAGUGAACAACAUAUCAGAGAACUCUGUGGGGAAAUGAUAAAUGAGCAAAUUGCACUGCUGGCUGCUAACCUGAGGAAGCCCUUGGCUCCUGGAAUGACGGGCCGGCCGGGCCCCGCUGGGCCCCCCGGGCCCCCUGGAAGCACGGGAACUGUUGGGCAUCCUGGUCCCCGUGGGCCCCCUGGCUACAGAGGCCCAACAGGAGAGCUUGGUGAUCCUGGACCCAGAGGUGACCCUGGUGAAAAGGGAGACAAAGGACCUGUUGGCCAAGGAAUCGAUGGGCCUGAUGGUGACCAAGGGCUGCAGGGACCACCUGGUGUGCCUGGAAUUACUAAAAACGGCCGUGAUGGUGCUCAGGGUGAACCCGGGCUGCCAGGGGAUCCUGGGACUCCUGGCACUGUUGGGGCUCAGGGAACUCCAGGAAUAUGUGACACGUCGGCUUGCAUGGGAGCUGUUGCAGCAUCAACUUCCAAAAAAUCAUAAACCAACAGUACAAGAAGUGAAGAAGUGACU